UACUGCCCUCUAUUAGUGAACGGCGGGAAUUACACGUCUCUACAGAAACUGGGUGCAAAAUACAUACCGCCUUUCGGAUUGAAAAUAAAUAACUUCUUUCAUUAAAAUCAUGCAAGAUUGCAAAUCGUACUUUCCCAAGGAUAUACUAAACAAUAACAAAAACGUGGGUAGCACUUCUUAACUUUAACAUUGGCAGAGGAAUCAUCUGGCACCUACAAAAUGCUUGGACUUCAAGAAACAAGGUCUACUGGAAGUCCUAAAACAUACAGCUGUGUGGCAUGCUCAGCUACUUUUCAUAAUUUGGCAUCACUCCUGGUGCACCAAGCGUCUCAUGCUAGUGAUAACUCUCAACAGCCAGAAUCAGCACUACCUACUUGUGUCAGCUGUGGAAGCUUAUUUGCGAGCAAAGAUCUCCUUGAAAAACACCACUGUGUAAUGUUGCCCACUCCAGCAUCUCCAGUCCACACCUACAUAUGUGACUGUGGCGAGGAGUUUAGUGGACUUACAGCUCUUGAAGACCACAAAAAACAACAUGGGUCAGAAUACAAGGUCAAAUCAGAUUUGGAGAGUAUUCCAGUUGUGCCAGAUAGCAAAACAGACUCUAGCCGUCCUGUCUCAGACCAAGUUUUUCACAGUCUUUCACCAUCCCAUUCCAAUGAAAAACCCCUUGCACAAAGCCCACCUCCUACUUCAAACAAUGACAUCAAGAAGAACGAAUCCAAUGAAUCUGCAGACAUGGACGGCAACGAAUCUGCAGACAUGGACGGCAACGAAUCUGCAGACAUGGACGGCAACGAAUCUGCAGACAUGGACAGCAACGUCUUGAAGCCAUCUGAAUCCCACCCUGUGACCGAAGAGGAAGUACAGUUACCUGAGCAAAACCAUGAUGCUUUAACAACCUCCAAUGUGGUAAACCAUUCUGUGCAAGACAAUGAGAAAUCACCAGAAUCUGGUGAAGAUUCAGCUGCAUUUAAUAAGAAAUCAAUCCUGAAGAUGCUAGCAUCUGCUUACAUGAGUCAUAAACAACCCGUCCAAAUGAAACAGAGGAACUUGCCCCCCAGAAAAGCUUCACCGAGAGCACCAAUGCAACCUGCGAUCACCAUGACAAUACCAAAACCCAAGCCACUGGAGACUCAAUCAAAGAUAAAAAAAGACAACACAGUGGUCGGUGUGAAAACUGCAAAGAUGUUGCCUAAGAAGAGCAAGAUUAUAUCUGUGACACAAACUCUCUGUCCUGUGGUGGUUCUUGAGACUCGUCAAAAACUUUUUGGCCGGGACAAUGUGGAAGGUAGACAUCAGUGCAGACUCUGCCGUAGGGUUUUCCAAGAUGUAGACACCUUGAUAAUGCAUCAUGCCCUGCAUAAAAAAGAAAGAGUUAAAUUUUGUCUUUGUUGUCAACAAUUUGUGAUAACGGUAAUCUCCAUCCCAGAAAGCCAUAUCUGCUAUGAUGGAUUUUCUAGAAACCAUCAACCUUUGAUGGGGAAAAUGUCUCUGAAACCAAUCAGCCCUACAGCUCAACAGACAGAAAAAAUUUUCCACUGUUCUUUAUGCAAGCGUGGCUACACACGCAUGCGCAGCCUCAAAAAGCACAACUGUCCGUGUAAAGCUUCUCUGAAAUCCCCGACCACUGUAGGCACCAGCGGUAAUGUCAGACUUCAAAACUUGGAGGAGUGCAAUACAGCUGUCCUAAACUCGAAAACAAAUCAAAUGUCAACACAGCAUAUAAAUAUUGGCGUAGGCACAGAGCCGAUAAAGAUUGAGGAACAGAACACAGAACUUCCUAUCGGCAAGAAAGAUCAGACUGGGCUGAAGAUGCAGCUGAAGGACCAGUUAAAUCCCCCAAAAAACCUUGAGUCCGUCUUUGCAAGCGUUUCUAACUCCAAGCCAACUGAAUUAACUAAAAACUCUGUUGAAUUACCAGCCAACACUGUUGACGUAAAACAAGAGGAAAGAGAUCAGUUGGUUGAAAAGCAGUGGACCAUGCCUUUGGAUGAUGCUGAAAUUGAUGUACUAAUAGAUGUGGAUCAAAAGGACUCGGAUGAGGAUGAUUUGACAGAUGAAGUUAGAGACGACUGUGAUGAAGCUGAGGAUGUUGUCAUUGUGGAGUCUCAUGAGGACAAGGAAAUGAAGUCAGCAGUACCUAGUAAUGGCUUUCAGGUGCAUGUGACUAACAAAGGCUUGAAGAGGUUUGUUUGCAACGGGUGCCAGAGAAGCUAUUCCCGCCUGUUUACUCUAAAGGAGCACUUGAGUAUUUGUGAGGCAAGAAAGUUGAAGCAGCAAAAUGUUACAUCAUCUAAUAUGGCUGGGCCGAUUAAAAGGUUUCCAUGUCCUCAGUGUGGUAAGUUCUUUAGUCGCAAAGACAAUAUGAAUAUGCAUCAAAAGAAGUGCCAUCCUGCAACAAACACUGAUUUAGUAGUAAGUAACAGAACCGUGGAGCCUAAAACACCUGUGGCUCAGGAAAACUUAUUCGUCCUGUCACCAUCUACAGAAAACCAAGCAGUCCGACAAGAAAGCACUCAGAAUACUAGCAGUAACAGAAACUGGGGGAUCAUGUCACUUCCAUCUGUGCUCCCAAGAAGAGUGACGUGCGAAUGCGGAGCCUCGUUCACUUGUCCUCGACUUCUCUUCGAACACCUGCAACAGCAUGCGCAGGAGUCCUACAUUUGUCCACACUGUGGUGAGAACCUGCAGUCGUGGAUGGAUUUUGAGGCACAUCAGCAGUUGCACCAAUCUCAAAGCUCUGCAAGUGAGCAAAGAGCUGCCCAGCAACAACCUCAUUCGUUUUCCCAAGCGCUACCAUCACGCGCUCCGACUCGGCCCCAACAGUCUCCAGGUUUUUCUGAGCAUAACAUAAAAGCCCAACCGCCUGGACUCUUAGCACCUCAACAUUUGAACAACAGGCCAUUUCCUGAGGCACUGACUUGCCAUAAAUGCAAAAAGAACUUCAGUCUCCGUAGUUCCUUGUUAAGACACUUACGAUUGCGUUGUACUGGCGAUACUGUAGGUCAGAAGAAAAACACCUGCUCUCGUUGUGGUACAACAUUCCAAAGCCCAUUGAUGCUUAAAGUUCACAUUCAAAGCAAUACCUGUAAACCCGCAUUUAAACCGAUUCGGUGCCCGGUGUGUGUGCGUUGGUUCAGUUGUCUAGAUGGGCUCAAGAGACACCUGGUCUCACACAGCAGGCAGUCUGUCUUAACAUGUCAGAUUUGUGACCAUAACUGUCCAACCCCUCAGGCACUCGAGGAGCAUAAAAGAAACGUUCAUCGACUCAACAGCGGAAUGAGGCCAGCGGAGGAUGCACAAGAACAGUUGCAUCAAGCAGGUGCACAAACCAGUCCAUCUACUCCUUUUCAAUGUCACAUUUGUCUUCGCUACUAUCCAAAGCUUCAGUCCCUGAAGGAUCACUUGAGGAAAGUUCAUCGGCCUAAACAGCCGAAACAAACUAAUCGGAGUACCGUAGAACCGGUCCGUUCUGGACCAUUUCAAUGUCAGAUAUGUGACCGCUCCUAUCCUAACAUAAAAUCUUUGAAAAACCACCGAAGAAGAGUGCAUCAUAUUGUGGGUGGUGUGUUUCUGCCAUCAAAGGGAACUGAGCAAAAUAUCACUCCCAAUCAGUUUCAGUGUCACAUUUGCCCAUGCAGCUAUCCAGAUGAACAGUCCCUCCGAAACCACAGAAGGAGGGUCCAUCAUAUAGUGGAAGGUCAUGAGCUGUCGAGGGGAGUCACUCAACACCAUCUAUAUAAGUGUCAGAUUUGCCAGCGCAGCUAUCCUGACGCAGUGUCCCUUAGAAAUCAUAGGAGGAGAGUUCAUCGCCUAUUAGGGCCAGUGCCUGAAACACCACCACCAACAACAACGAAUAAUGACACAGAAGAUGCUCUAGAGCAGAAACCGAUACCUUUCCUGUGAACGGUGUUCAUGCAUUCAUAAAAGGUGGAUCUGCUGCUUGCCUUUAUUGCUGUAUAUGCAAUCAAAAUGUUGAAAAAGAGGUCAUAAGGCAGCACCUGUUGAGUACAUUAUACCAUUUAGUAGUAAGAAAUAAUUUAGAAUAGUUGAAGUUUCAUAUCUGAUCAGUAGUGUAACAGGUUUUUUUGUCUUGUUAAUACAUUGUUCAGCUUCCUCUGUAUUUCAUUGAUGUUGCCUUAAUUUAAUUCAUCUAUUAAAUACAGAUUAUUUGUCCCCCAAUACAAACAGAAAGAUUUUUGGCGAAUGCACUGUAUAAAUGUCAAAUAGAACAGUUAAGUGCUGUUUUUAAGGUAGCUGAUGUGUAUUAGUGCACUGUAAAUACAUUUUGAUGUAAACAUGUCCUACGUUGCAUCAAUAAACACAAUAGUGACAUCUU